CUCUGUCUGGAUGGGGGACCACAAAAGAGGAAAUAACACCUGUACUCAUGAGAUCUAUUAAUCAUUCUGAGAAAAUUGUGUGACCACAUUGUUAAUUCUAUGUCUAUCGCCCCACUGGCCGAUUGCCAUGUUUCCUCAAAUGAAUGUAUAAAAAACACUGCUUGAUCUGAGUAAAAUUGCAGCAGUUCACAGCAUACUCUGGUGUCUGUGUCUGUCUGUCAUUCGCCGAAUCCCACUUAUCCUGAGUACCUUCAACCCGUUCUCCCUCGGUCUGGUGUUCCUACUGAGACCCAGUCCGCGGCAGGUGGCGCUUCGAACAGGGACAUGAAGGACAGGAUGCGGAAUCGCCCAUAUGGAUUCCAGACAGACUCAUCAGGCCAGCGCCGCAGAAAACUGCAAAAGCGAAAGGAAAAGUUAGCGACGGCCCGGCUCACUCAGGAGAUGAAGAAGCUGACCCUGAAGCCACAGAAGCUUCCGACAUGGACCCAGCUAAAACAUCUGGCGACGGAAGCAAAAGCACUUGCCUCGCAACAAUGUUCUAACCCUCCUUUAGAAAUGCUAUUUGUAGCCAUGUUGUCCUUGAUUGCUGUUGGGCCUACUACAGCCUCUACCAGUCCUUCUACCUAUUGGGCUUAUGUUCCUCGUCCUCCCCUCUUACAUGUAGUGGGGUGGUUGGAUGAUGAGACUUAUAAGGUAUUGAGCAAUCAGACGGAGAUCAUCGGGGGUUUCCAAGAUUCAGAUGAAAGGGCAAGUGCUUCCUCAUUUAUAAACUUUGCAGGAAGCUCAGAUUCAUUACCAAUUUGCUUCGCCCUGGAAGGAGUAGCUCCUCCCGGGUGUCUCUCCACCAGCUACAGAACCUUUUUAACUGAUGCCCCCAGCUCUACCGGACAAUAACCAGAUCUCUGGGCAGUGUACGUGAGGACCUGUAUGCCUUCCGCCUUAAAAACAAAAAAGGGGGAACUGCCACGCCCACGACGGUGUCGCCCGCGUGACAAAUACCUUGGAUGAGGUGGUUACGUGGGAAAGGGGGGCUCGCGGCCCUCGGGUCUAUGCCCCCGGCGACCCCUUAUCAAUCUGCCCAAAUCAUGGUGCCAGGCUACACGGAACCACGCAAAAUCUGCUUACAGAAGCUGGCUGGCAUUCUGCCUUUUUUCUCUUUGCAGCUGUGACUAUUGCUGUUUCCUUGUGUAUUGAUUUCAGGGAGUUAGCUCUCAAUGUUUCUGAUGUGCCCCAUAAAGAGAAUAAUGAUUCCUCAAAAGUGGCCUCAAUACCCCCACCUAUAAUUCAAGCUUUUAGGCAAACAGUUAAAGGGGGUCCUAGAAGUUUGGGGGAAUUUAUGAAUGACUUAGAACAAAAAGAACUUAUGACUCAGAGGGACAAAGAUUCUAGCGAGGAGAGAUGAAAGUAAAAGUCCAGGAACUCAUAAGCAAUCCACACGCGCAGCCAACAGCAGCUGCAAGGAAGCAGUUACAGGAACUAACCAGUCCUACAAGAAUUAUCAAGGGACAAAUAGAGUUUCUCAUCAAGGGUCGGUGGUGGCAACCCCCUAACUUUAAUCCUAGAUACAAUAAUUAUUUGGAGCCAUUGCCCUUUACGGGAGCUUAUGAUAAACAUGGGAACCAAUGGGUGAAUCAUAAUAGCAUGAAAACAGAAUGGCAUAAGUUACAGUUCAUGGAAAGGAUAGCUAGGUCCCAACCCCCCUGGUGCCUUCUCACCUGCAAGCAAAGGUUAAAUAUUUUCACACAAAUGAAACCAUGGUUAGAACGAUGGUGGGAAGGGUUUAAUUGUGAUACAAAACAAAGGUCUAAUAAUUACGUAGAAGGAAAAACUUCAGCUAGUGCUGUAAUGUUCUCUGUCUGGAUGGGGGACCACAAAAGAGGAAAUAACACCUGUACUCAUGAGAUCUAUUAAUCAUUCUGAGAAAAUUGUGUGACCACAUUGUUAAUUCUAUGUCUAUCGCCCCACUGGCCGAUUGCCAUGUUUCCUCAAAUGAAUGUAUAAAAAACACUGCUUGAUCUGAGUAAAAUUGCAGCAGUUCACAGCAUACUCUGGUGUCUGUGUCUGUCUGUCAUUCGCCGAAUCCCACUUAUCCUGAGUACCUUCAACCCGUUCUCCCUCGGUCUGGUGUUCCUACUGAGACCCA